UUUACAGGGCUGUAGAAAUGGCGGACAUGGACGAGCUGUUCGGCAGUGAUGGAGACAGUGAUAAUGAACAGAGAGGCUCGGGUUCAGGUUCCGGUUCUGGCUCUGAUUCGGAGCAGGAAAGACCCAGAUCGGCCAGUAACGCCUCUGGAAGCGGGAGCGGCAGCGAGAGGGGUCGUGAGGAUGACUACGACGAAGACGGCCAGGACGCCGGAAAGCCGAGCAACCAAGAGCUGUUCGGAGACGACAGCGAGGACGAACGGGGCAGCGACAACCAAUCGGAGCGUUCCGGUCACAACAACGACAACCAAUCGGGAGCCAGCGAGCACUCGGAGGCGGAGCAGCACAGCGGCUCGGAGGGGCACCACGAGGAUGAGGACGACGAUGAAGCUCAUAGUCACAGGUCAGAUGCAGGAAGCCCCGCCUCCGUAGCAGGUAGCCACCACUCAGGUAGCCACCACUCGGGUAGUCACCGGUCGGGUAGCCACCGGUCAGGACGAGGCAGCGCCACCCCACACUCCGACCACUCGGACGGAGAGGGUACGCCCAGGGCCGAGGGCUCGGACGGCCACUCGGGAGACGAGAAGUGGGAGGGAGGCCGGAAGAGCGCCAGCCCCCGUUCUGACCAAUCGGAGGACGAGGAGAAGCGGCAGAACUCGGACGACGAGAGGGAUCGGUCCGACGACGAGGGCAGGGGGCAGAAAUCCGGCUCGGCUAAAGGCAGCGACAGCGAGGACGACUUCGUGGGACGGAAAAAGAAAAAAGCCGUGACGGAUUCGGACUCGGACAGCGACGUGGGGGCGCGAGGGGGUAAGAAAUCCGGAGCAGACGACCUGUUCGGAGAAGCCGACGACAUCUCAUCAGACAGCGACAACGAGAAACCCCCGACGCCCGGGCAACCCCAGGAUAACGAGGAUGGGAUGGAGCAUCAGGAGGAGGAGCAGGUUCCCGAGACCCGGAUAGAGGUGGAGAUCCCAAAAGUCAGCACUGAUCUGGGCAGCGACCUCUACUUCGUGAAACUCCCCAACUUCCUGAGCGUGGAGCCGAGGCCGUUCGAUCCACAGUACUACGAGGAUGAGUUCGAGGAUGAGGAGAUGCUGGAUGAGGAAGGCAGAACCAGGCUGAAGCUGAAAGUGGAGAACACCAUCAGGUGGCGCACUCGCCGCGACGAAGAGGGAAACGACAUCCGCGACAGUAACGCGCGCAUCGUCAAGUGGUCUGACGGCAGCAUGUCGCUGCACCUGGGUAACGAGGUGUUUGACGUCUACAAAGCUCCUCUACAGGGAGAUCACAAUCACCUCUUCAUCAGACAGGGUACAGGACUGCAGGGGCAGGCUGUGUUCAAAACCAAACUCACUUUCAGACCCCACUCGACAGACAGCGCCACCCACAGGAAGAUGACCCUCUCUCUGGCCGACCGAUGCUCAAAGACACAGAAGAUCAGAAUCCUGCCGAUGGCCGGUCGAGACCCGGAGUCCCAGAGGAACGAAAUGAUCAAGAAAGAGGAGGAGCGACUGCGGGCGUCUAUCCGGCGCGAGUCCCAGCAGAGGCGCGUGAGAGAGAAGCAGCACCAGCGAGGUCUGAGCGCCGGAUACCUGGAGCCCGAUCGCUACGAUGAUGAUGAGGAAGGAGACGAGGGCGUCAGCCUGUCUGCUAUAAAGAACAAGUUCAAAGGAGGAGGAGGACUACGAGAGGAGAGAGCGAGGAUCUACUCAUCAGACAGUGAUGAAGGCUCUGAUGAGGAUAAAGCUCAGCGCCUGAUGAAGGCUAAGAAACUGGACAGUGAUGAGGAGGGAGAGAACUCUGGGAAGAGGAAGGCGGAGGACGGGGACGAUGAAGACACGUCCUCCAAGAAAGCCAAGAAGUACGUUAUCAGUGACGACGAGGAUGAGGACGAUGAGGACGGACGGGAGGAGCAGGAGGAGCAGGAGGAGCACAAGGAGCAGGAGAAACAUGAGGAGCAGGAGAAACAUGAGGAACAUGAGGAGCAGGAGGAACAUGAGGAGCAGGAGGAACAUGAGGAGCAGGAGGAACAUGAGGAGGAGCAGGAUGAAGAGUGAUGUGUUUGUUUUUUAUCAUUAGAAGCCGGGGGGGGGGGGGUAUAUUUU